AUGCAAAAUUAGAAUCAAUUCUAGUAAAAUAAUUAAGAUUAAGGUCAAUUAAGGAUGAACUAAGACCAAAACAGCAACUCCUAUACAUAAAAUUAAUUCAGAUUUAAAUCAAUAGCAGAUCAAAAUCCUGGCUAGCAACCUAGAUAAGGAAGCAGAGGUCAAAGACAAAAUAACAGGAAACAAGAGAAGAAAAUCAAUUAGGAUGAAGCAUUUUCUAAUAUAUCUAAGGAGGUUAAAGAUAAGAUUCUCAAGGAAGAUAAAAAUGCGUUGGCAAUGCUCAAUUAAUAGAAGAAGGAGUAACUCAAAAUUCCAUAAUAGAAAAAAGCAUAUGCUGAGGCAAAAACAGAGAAGGAGAUAGUUGAACAAAGAAAUAAACUAUUAAAGGAAAUCAGAGAGGAUGAGUUGAAGGCUGAUAAGUAUGCAGAAUUCGACCAUCUAAUUUUGAGAGAUAGAUUGAAGAGUAACACACCUCUAUAGAAGCUGUUUGAAGCAGUCUAUUUUGAUGAUUACGACCUGUUUAAAGCGCUCUAUCAACAAGAUAUUCAAAAUGAUGGGACAGUCGGAUAGAAAGAAUUCAAGCUUUAGAUUUUAAGAGAUAUACCAUCUAUUGACCCGUUUUAAGAGAUUGAUCUGCUCAUAAUAGUUGCUCCUAGAACUUCUGUUGGGGAGUCAAGAAUACUCUACAAGGCUUUGAGCAAUGAACUUAGGGAUUUAGCUAAGCUGAGAAUUCCAUUAAAUCUCUUAUACCAAAGACAUAAGUAUAUCAUUCCUACAUUACCUGCAACUGAUUUAACUAAUGAGGAAGAUUAGAAGAAACACGACAUGGAAAGUUUGUUUGAGUACAAAGAUCCUAGACUUAGGCACCUGAACAAAAACUUCUCUAGAGAAGAACUCCAAGUAAGAAACCUUGAUUUCGUGAAUGACAAAGUUGGCUUCAAAGCAGCAAUAGAUGAAAUCAUAAAGUUUAACUGUUAAGUCAACGAGUUUAACUAUAUGCAUGAUUUAUUCCAAAGAAUGAACAAAUUGCUUAUUGAGAAAACAGUCAGCUAUGACUGGAUAAAACUGUUUGAUCUAUAUGAUAAAGACUUGAAAAAGAACAUUCUCGAGAAGUCCGAGAUAAAAAAGAUUAUGGUUGAUGCUGGAUUUACUGAGGUUACUGACAGAGAAGCUCAAUUUGCAUACAAUGUCAUAUCUAGAUUCACUUAUAAAAUUGAUAGGGCUCAAUUUAUGGCUUGGAUCGAUGUAAUAUUUAUUAAUUUCUAAAAUGACUAUUAGAGCAUGAUUGGAAAACCUAAGUUGUAACUGAUUUAUUACUCAUAAUAUAUCGAUCCAGCAACAAUGAGGAUAACGUCAGCGGAAGAGCUAAAGCUAAGAUCUGAAAAAGAAUCUAAAUUUUACAAGGCUAUUAAAGGACUAGAUUUUAAAGCUAUUGAAGAUAGAGUUCCUAUGGCCAUUCAAUUCAUUGCAAAUGAAAUAAAUCUAUUGGGAGAUCAAUUUUUCUUGCAUACUUUGGAGAAAAAUGCUGCAGCAGAUGAGACAGGAAGGAUCUUGAUUGAAUUCACUUAGCUAGUAUUGGUGUUCGCUAAAUUUCAGUAUUUAUGCAAUAAAGAGGAUAGACUUGAAUUAAGAGUGUGGCUUUUCAAUAAAAAUCUAUUUAUGAAUACCCCAAAGUUCUAUCAAUAAGAUCUGAUAUUCCUCGAUGUUGAAAAUUUGAUGGAAUGUUUAAAAGAACAAGCCACUAGCCAGAUUAAAAAUAAGGAAUCUUCUAAAACAGAAUUCACAAUGGAUUCCAUUUUUUCAAAUUUGAGAUAAAAUAUUCUUGACAGCUAGAUUAACAAAGCUAUUGAUGCCUUGAAUGUGUUUAAAAUUGAGGGUGAGAUAGGGGAGAGAGAGUUUAGGAAGAUCUUAAAUCAAUGUCUCCCAGGUGUGACUUUACAUCAAUAGCAUUGCAUAGUAGAAUCAAUAAAGACAUUUAAGCCUGCAGAUGAUAUUUACAUGUUUAGAAGAUUUAAAAUUGAUGAAAUAGUAUCGUAACUUGAAAAGAUCAAAACCCUUUAAGGCAUAUAGGAGCUCAAUCUUGAAUAGCAGAAAACUGAAAGUUUAAAGCAAUAAAAAAGUCCUUAGAAGCUAUUUGAUCAAUCUUUUAAUCAGAGAUAGUCAGGGGAGGAUGUUUUCAGACAAUCUACGACUUAGGUCUUUAACAAUCCUAGAGGGGAGCUAACUGAUCUGGAUUAUGAGCUGCUAGACUAAAGAGAAGAAAUAGAUGAAUUUCAAGAUGGGGAUGAUAACAUCUUCAAAAAAACAGCAAAGGGAUCUAAUUUACUUAAAUACCAGAUGACUUAAGAUUUCUAGUUUAAUUCAACUGGACAGGAUUAAAAUCCAUAUUCAGAGACUUACAGAGAGUAGAGGGCAGAUUAGAUCCUUAAGUAAAAGUAAACAGAAAAAGAGAAGCAAAAGACAUAUAUAAACCAUCCAGGGGUUAAGGGAAAAGUCUACAAUGCCUAGGAGUUCUCUCCAAUAAAGAUGCAUACACACAAGGCUCCCAAGAAGAAAGGUGACAAAAGAAAUGAGACUGAAAUGCUUAAUAGCAUAUUCGACAAGAUAUUUGAAUUUGCGAAAGUUAAAUCAGAGGCUGAGAAGUAUGGCUAUUUUGAGAAGAAGCUGAGGUUGAUGAUAGACUAUAUUGCAAACGCUUUUGACUAAAUCGAUUUGAAAUAGACAGGCCAUUUCUACUGUUGGGAAUUGAAAGAUUACUUGAUAAAUGAAAAGCAUGGAUUGCUUUUUGGAAUUGAUUUAACUGAUGAGGAAGUUGAUGCCUUUAUUUUCUAUGCGGCUAAAGUCACUGGCAUUGAUUUCGCUGAAAAGGAUAAUAUCCUAAGUGUAAAAAUUAAGCACUCAUUUUUACUGGCUUAGCUAGAAUAGAAUUUCUACAUCAGAUUUGAUUUUAAAUGA